AUGAAAAGACAGAGAGGAGAGCAGAACAAACUCCUAACAGGAGGAGACUCACUCAUGGCCUACGAGACAGAGGAUCAGGAGACUCAAUACUGCUUUCCUGACAUCAACUCAUCAUGUGUCAAGGGGAGACGCUCAAGUCUUGGAUAUAACAUCAUAUAUGUGUUUGUGUCAUUGCUGUCAGCAUGGACUGUGUUUCUGAACCUGCUGGUGAUCAUCUCCAUCUCUCACUUCAAGAAGCUUCACACUCCAACCAACAUGAUUAUUCUCUCUCUGGCUGUAAAUGAUCUGCUAAUUGGAUUGUUCAUGCCUGUAGAGGCCAUCAGACUGAUUGAGACUUGUUGGUAUUUUGGAGACACUUUCUGUGGACUUCAUUUAUUUUUUGUGUCAUUACUUCUUGCAGCAUCUCUGAGUAAUUUGGUUUUAAUUGCUGUUGAUCGUUAUGUGGCUGUGUGUCACCCUUUACUGUACCCACAGAAAAUAACCAUCACUAAAACAUUAUUGAGUAUCUGUCUGAGCUGGGUUUGUUUAUCAGCUUAUAUCAUUACCCUUUCAACCAAUAAUGGAUAUUUUGACACUUCACUCAAAACAGAUGUGUGUUAUGGACAGUGUUUAGUCAUGAUGAGUUUUAGUUGGAUAGUCACUGAUCUGUUCAUGUCUUUUAUUUUUCCUUGCACUCUUAUCAUCACUUUAUAUUUGAGGAUUUUCUAUGUCGUUCAUCAGCAAGUGAAGGUUAUAAACUCUCUGAUGAAGGGUGGUAAAUGUGUAACGGAGGGUUUAGUGAAGAGGAAAUCUGAGAGUAAAGCUGCUCUGACUUUAGGAAUCAUUGUGUCUGUUUAUCUGCUUUGCUAUAUUCCAUAUUUUAUCUGUUCUUUAACUGUAAACUCUUCCACAACUAUAAAUGGUUUAUUAUUUGCUGUGUGUGCUAACUCAGGUCUGAAUCCUCUGAUUUAUGCUUUAUUUUACACCUGGUUUAAGAAGACAGCUAAACUUAUCUUAACCCUGAAAAUAGUUCAUUCUGCAUCUUCUCUGAUUAAUAUUUUUACAGAACAUUAAAUAUUGUAACUAUGGCUGAGGAGAUGCCUCCUGUAAGUGUCAUUUUUAAUU